CGAGCGAGCGCCGUGGGCGAUGUCGGGCGGGCGGAGGGCGAGCGGCGGGCCGGGCGGCGGGCGAGCGCUGGGGCUGGGCGCUGUGCUGCUGUGGCUGUGCUGGCGGGCGGCGGCGGAGCGGCUCCGCUACUCCAUGGCCGAGGAGCUGCCCAGAGGCUCGCUGGUGGGGCCGCUGGCCCGGGACCUGGGGCUCAGCGCCGACGAGCUGCCGGCGCGCAAGCUGCGGGUGGCGUCUGCCGGCAAAAAGCAGCUGAAAUUCUUCACGGUGAGCGAGGAGAACGGGAACCUGUACGUGAGCGAGAGGCUGGACCGGGAGGAGCUGUGCGGCGAGUCGUUGUCCUGCUCCGUCAGCUUCGAGGCGCUGGUGCACAACCCGCUCAACGUCUUCCGUGUCGAGGUGGCCAUUGAGGACGUGAAUGACAAUUCCCCGUCCUUCAGCAAGGCUGUUUUGGACCUCGAGAUCGGUGAAUUAAUCCCUCCCGGUGCUCGUUUUCCUCUGGAGAUGGCCCACGACGAGGACGUGGGAAGCAACUCACUGCUGACUUACCAGCUCUCCAGCAACCCCUCCUUCUCUUUAGCGUUGAAGGAGAGCGAGGACGGAAGCAAGCAGCCUGAAUUAGUGCUGGAGAGAGCCUUGGACCGGGAGAAGCAGAGCUCUUUUGAGCUGCUACUGACGGCAGUAGAUGGCGGGGAACCCAUGAGAACUGGGACUGUUGAAGUUCGGAUCAACGUGACAGACGCCAAUGACAACCCACCUGUAUUCUCGCAGGAUCGGUACAGCACGAGCCUCCGGGAGGACGCACUGCCGGGUUCGGAGGUAUUGAAAGUGUCAGCCUCAGACGCCGACGCCGGCACCAAUGCUCAUAUCACCUAUCAUUUCGGCAAAAUGCCGGCCAAAGUGCUUCAGCAAUUCGUGGUGGACAGGGAGAGUGGGACAAUCACACUGCAGGAGCCUCUGGACUUCGAGAACAUGCGAGCUUUCAGCUUGCCUGUGGAGGCGAGGGACGGUGGCGGUCUGGUGGCGCACUGCAAGGUGGAGGUGGAGGUGCUGGACGUGAACGACAACGCACCCGAAAUCACCAUUCUGUCUGUGUCGAGUCCGGUGCCCGAGGACGCGCCAGUCGGCACCGUGGUGGCCCUGCUCAACAUCCAUGACCCGGACUCCGGCGAGAACGGUGAGGUGUCGUGCGAGCUGUCGGGGGAGGCGCCCCUGUCGAUCGUGGCGUCGUCGGGCGGCUCGUCCAAGGUGGUGACGGCGAGCGCGCUGGACCGCGAGCAGGCGUCCGAGCACCGCGUGACGGUGGUGGCCCGGGACCGGGGCAGGCCGGCGCUGUGGAGCAGCAGGGAGCUGUUGCUGGAGGUGUCGGACGUGAACGACAACGCGCCGGUGUUCGAGGAGGCGUCGUACAGCGCGUACGUGCGGGAGAACAACGCGGUGGGCUUGCUGGUGUUGCGCGUUGUGGCUCGGGACUUGGACGCGGGCGCGAACGGGCGCGUGAGCUACUGGCUGUCGGGCGGCAGCGCGGGCGCGGCGGGCGCGGCGCCGCUGGUGUCGGUGGAGGCGCGGAGCGGCGCGGUGUACGCGCAGCGCUCGUUGGACUACGAGCAGUGCCGCGAGUUCUCGGUGGCCGUGCGGGCGCAGGACGGCGGGUCGCCGGCGCGCAGCUCGACGGCCACGGUGCGCGUCUUCGUGCUCGACCAGAACGACAACGCGCCGCGGGUGCUCUACCCGCCCCCGCCGGCGGCGUCGGGAGCGGCGUCUGCGGGCUCGGUGGGUUCGGCUUUCGAGGUGGUGCCGCGUUCGGCGUCGUCCGGGUACCUGGUGGGCAAGGUGGUGGCGGUGGACGCGGACGCGGGGCGCAACGCGUGGCUGUCGUACGAGCUGGUGCAGGCGUCGGAGCCGGCGCUGUUCCGCGUGGGGCUGCAGAGCGGCGAGGUGCGCACGGCGCGGGCCGUGUCGGAGAGGGACGCGGCCAAGCAGCGCCUGGUGGCCGUGGUGAAGGACCACGGCGAGCCGGCGCUGUCGGCCACGGCCACGCUGCACGUGGUGCUGGCCGAGAGCUUGCAGGAGGCGCUGCCGGAGCUGAGCGAGCGGGCGGCGGGCGCCGAGGCGGCGGGCGAGCUGCAGUUCUACCUGGUGCUGGCGCUGGCGCUGCUGUCGGCGCUGUUGGUGCUGAGCGUGGCGCUGGCCGUGCUGGCGCGGCUGCGGCGGGCCGGGCCGCCCGCCGUGCUGCGCUGCCUGGGCGCGCAGCGCUUGUCGCUGGCCGGCGCCGCCUUCCCGGCCGACUUCUGCGAGGGCACCUUGCCCUACUCCUACAACCUGUGCGUGGCGGCGCCGCCCCGCGCCAACCCCGAGGCCGCUUGGCCGCCGCCGCCGCUGCCCAUCGUGCCCGCGGAGGAGCUUGUGGCCGGGGAGCCCUGCGAGAAGCCGAGCCCGAACAGCAGCACCGUCGCUGGAGAGCCGCCCGCUGACCCCGACGCACCGCAGGUCUGUAAGCCGCACGUGUUGCUGUUCUCCUUUAGAAAGGAAACACUGUCCUCUUUCCUUUGGGUUUCUGGGGAUGGUCUGGGUGGGGAGUGCUGGUCCAUGUCUCCAUCAGGGGAUGAAAAAGCGGGGUCGCUCCUUUCUCCAAGAGUACACAUUUAAUGCGGUAGUUCCUGUUUUUUCGCUGGUAAUAGUUUCAGGUUCAACUGAAAGUUGUUGUCUAGAACUCUUUUGUUGUGUUAAAUUGUAUUAGUAAUAACGGUGAAGGCGAAUCCUCGCUCUAUAGAGGGUGAUGUGCUGUAUCUGUAUGACAGGUUUGAAAGAACAGGAGUGGCACUCAGUGUUGCAGAUUUUUCCUUCCUAAGUGAUUUGUUCCGAUAUAAUGUGCUUGGAUCUAGUGGAUGGCUGACUAAAAACUCUUUCCUUAAUUCUUUUUUUUUCACGAUUAUAAUCUCAAAGGCAACUUGCUCAGGGUUACAUGCAUGGAGAGUGACAGGUUCUCCAUCACUUCUGGGAGAAUUCCCACCUGUUCUCGUGGGAAUGCUGCUACAGAAGUGGGAGGAAUAGUAACAGUAGUGGGAUGGAUUAACUGUUGUUAACAAUGUUUUUCUAUCCUGGCUGGUAGUUUUAUCUUUUU